AUGACGAAGCUAGUGCGAAAGCUGAAGCAGAUGGCGAAGAAGCGAGCGCACCGCAAGACGGUGCAGAAGCGAAAGGUGGAGCGCGCGCAGCGUGAGCUGGAGCGCCGCAGUGAGCAGCAAUCCCAAAAACUGGAGGACGAGGUUGACCGAGAGAUGGCGCGACUGAAUGGAGAAAUAGAGGAAGAAGUCAACGCCCGCGCUGCUGCUAGCAGCCGUGACAUAGACAAUGAUGCGGCAAGAAGCGUUAUGGUGAAGCAAGCGAUGCGCAUUGUCGGCGACCUCAUCCUGGACACCCCUGUCAAGAAGAACAAAAAGCAGCUGACACGAAAACAAGCGAGGCGCAGGGAAAAGAUGGUCGAGCGUGGGCUGGCGGUGAGCGACAGUCUCUCCAACAAAUGGGAUCGCAAGAAGCGUUGCGUCAAGAUCCGCGCACAAAUCCGAAACGAGGACUUGCACAACUGA